ACCUCGUGAGGACUACGUGAUAAAAUGUUUCUAUUUUUUAUUUAUAUAUUUGUUAAGGAGAUCCAUUUUAUAUUUAUCACAUAAUUAUGUAUUAACAUCCCAUUAUAACAACGGCUUCGCAUCGGGCGAUUUGUGCAUGCUGUUGUGCUUUGAACCUGAUCACAAAAUUCUGGAAUUUCACUCAACAAACAAAGCAGUUAUUGGAGUGAACUUGGCCGGACAGCGACUGUUGCUGAAAUCGAGUGAUCGUUAUUUUCUGUCGUACGAUAUGUUGCCAUCUACCAUAUCGGAAGAAAAAUAUUUGGAUGCGGUUGUGAAUAUGGUGAACUUUCAUAUGGCAUUCGGAUGGCCCCGUAACAAGGCUCAUCACUUAUUGAACGAAAUUUGGCCUUCAUAUAAACGAAGCCACAAAAUCACUAUUGCCGACCGUCGCAGCAUAUGGACUUUGGUGAAUCAGGAGGAGUUCUUGAACUUUAAACUACUCAACUAUCUGCAGGUGUUUCCAAAGGUGAUCGGUACCUGCGGUCAUAUGUAUGCAGUCGAGUUCAUCCCUCCUCUUGACUCGAACCUUUAUUUUCAUGGGCCAAAGUAUCGCGCGGUACACAAAUCGAUGGGUACCUUGAAAAUAUUGCAGGACAGUUUGAAUGAGGCAGUGCACAUGUGUGACGUGAAGCGUGAAAAUUUUGGUGAAAGUGUCGCCUAUCCAAAUCGUCUUAUGGUGCUCGAUGGUGACAUGGUGUUCACCGAUUCACGCCUAAACGCACUAUUCCACAGCCUCCGUUGCAAGUCUGAUACGGACUGCACGUUCUUCAGUUGCACCGCUAAUUGCAACCAAACAACCGGCUAUUGCUCUCGAAGGCAUAACUCGAACUUCGAAGUAAGUGUCACCUAUUUUGACUCUUUUUAUUGUCGGGUUUUGUUCGCCAACAUACUUAACGAGUUCCUCGGUAUAAACCUUGGGAAAGGAUGCCAGAAGGCUCUGUUUUCCUAUUCCUUAAAAUUUGCUAGAUGUUCUCGAAACAUUUUAUUCAAUUUUUUUACAGUUUCAGCAAUAUUUAUCAACGACUUGCACUUACAUUUACACACAGUAAUCUUGUAA